AUGCAUUCAGCAAAAAAUUGCUUUGACAGGAUUACAGGUGAUUUAAAACAAUAACUGGCUUGAGACGACUCGCGAACUUAAGCACAUAGCAUUGUUACUACAAUACUGGGUUAAAUAACUUGACUUUUAUUAGAAGGAGAGAGAGGGCGUAAUGCAUAAAAUGUUUUUUUAAAAAUCCAGAUUCAAUAAAGCACGACGGCGACAAAAGUGAAAACGUCCAAACGUCCUUACUAAUAGCGUGAAUACGCUUUUAUUAAUUAUUUAUUGAGUAAUAAGUUAUUCCAACUCAUUCAAUUUGUUAAAGGUAGGCGAAAUUCACAUAUAAAAAGGAAAGCUUGUCGACUUGUCUUCCUCGGGUGCAACAUUAUCUGGAAUUGUUACCCUUUAGUUUUUUCUAGGGAUGACCAAAAUCUGUCAGAUUGCAUAUCUUGUCAGUGUUUUAUUAACGUUUGCUUUAAGUCUGUCGUCGUAAAUAGUUUCUUAUUUCUAAUUAAGCUGCUGCCAGUAGUAUCAAAUCAAAUAUUAUCACUAAUAAGAUUUCCAACUUCCACGUAUUGGAAGACCAAUGAACCUUACUUUUUAAUGUACCUACAGCGAAAUAAAAGAAAGCAUUAACAAAAUCGAAAGUGUUUGUCGUCAACUCAUUGCAAGAUUUAUGUUUCACUGAUUGUACUGCGCCAAGCAUACUUUGUCUAUUAGAAAGGUAAUAUCUAACAAACUUCCCUAGAGCAAAGGGAAGGGCGUUAGACAGGAAAACCAGUUGUUUUUUAUUGAAUGAAAUGACCAGAAAUUAGCUUGUUCUAUUUCUUACGGCAGAAAAAUGUACCAGAAGUGGAGGGGUACGUGCAGAGGCAUUGUUCUCGCUAAUAUGUUAGCUUAGUCAGGGAACAUUGUUUUUGGAACUUUUAUUAUUGAAACGCGGUCAAACACGCUAAAGAAUAGAGAGCUCAGCAACAGCGACGGCAACGGCUACGUAAACGUUACUUAAAGAUGAACUCGCGUUGCUUCAAACUUUAUAGCGCUUAUUCCAUCUCGUUCAUUUCGUCAAAUGUUGGCAAUUUUUUCUGGAGUUGAAUUUUAAAACGGACUCUAUCAAUGUUCAGGAAAAGAAAAAGAAAGUCGUCGUCUUGUUUUCACUUCCUUCAAAAAACGUGAAAUUAGGCAGUUUUACGUCGUAGUAGUGCAAUGACGGCCAAACUAUGUACAAAAAAACGUGAUGCACGUGGAAAGUUGUUGUUUUGCCAAUCUAAGCCAAUUGCGUUUGUGCCGUUCUCGUUGACGUCACCGUCGUCGUUGCUUAAUUAAGCUACCUAAUGUUAAAAGUUCGGGUUCUUUAAGUCGCAGUAAUAGAAAAGUGUCCGACAAGAGGUGACCUUUUGAAAACAUUCGAAAUAAUCCAAACUAAUUGCUUAUAACUGUAACUGCUUAUAUUUAUUAAUAAUAAAUAAGAACUAUAAACUUAAAUAUUAAUUCUCUGAUUAUUUGGUUAUUAUUUCAGGCUCCAUUCCUGAACAUUUAAAAGUAAUGUCUCCACUUUUCGUGGUCGUCUUCACUCUCUACAACUUCUCUCCUGGCGCGGACGCCAUUUUUCUUCCCUACUGGUCGAAAAGAAACCACUCGGAAACAUCUUUUCACAUUCCUAUGUCAUCCCUUGCGCUAGAGGGCAGGGGCGCUCCGGUAAAGCUGCCCUAUUACUCUGAACUGGCGAAAAAUUACUCCCUGGACUACCGCUGUGCAAACGGGCUGCCUAUUUCCAUCGCUUGGCACCCGUACUCCCCGUAUUCAAUAAUUUAUCAAACAAAGAACAAAGGAGUCCCUGGCUUAACUGUGGAUGGAAUGUUUCCUGGUAUUUUAAAUGCUGCUGUGGCAGGCUGCUGUCAUAAGGAUACGGAAGUUUUGUUUGGCAAGCUUCUGAAGUCUGUACGGAACGCCGAGAAAAACAUUCAGACAGAUACCUUCGAUCUGACGUUUCCUCUGUAUGGAUAUGACUCCUCUGCAACCUCAUUUAGGUAAAACAACGUUUUUCUCUCUACUGAAGCGAAUUUUCGGAAAAGUGAGAAACAAAGCAAAAAAUACCUACUUAUAACGCUCCACCAGCCAUUUUUACCGCGAUAGACUGGUUAUUUAUGUCAUUAAUUUGACCACUUCAUAAUUCUUUUUGUGAAUUCGCUUUUUUAUCUCAGUUUCUUACCAAUUUUUUUUUUUCAAGGGAUCGGCCGUUUAUCGGUGUGGUACGAGCUCCUCGUGUUAUCCUUCUUGUUCACAAUGAACCUCCAAACAAAACGCAGACACACGUGCUGUUCUCUACCAUCGCCAACGCCUGGCCUAUGCUGGUUUUUAUCCUUGUGACGGCGUCACUCUCAGGAAUUAUCAUCUGGUUUCUGGUGAGCUUUUUUCUUUGUUUAUUUGUUUUUCCCCAGCUUAAAAAAACUAAUGGAAAUUGAGAUUUUCGAAAAAUUAAAGUUGGCCUAAAUCUACUUAAAGUUGCGCAAACUUUCCAAGGUGCGUAAUUUUUGUAAAGGAAGGCUCAAUAAUAAAGCUUGGUUACUUAAAUUUGCCUUUUUUCAAUGCGGUGUAUGAUUCAUCAACAUCACCUACUUCCCAGUCAAUCUAGUGAACACUUUCAAAGUCCUUUCUUUAUCUUCUUCAUGUCAGGACCACCCCAGCAACCCUGGCGAGUUUCCACCGCCGUUUUUGCGAGGAUCCUGGGAAGGUUUCUGGUGGGCUCUUGUUACCAUGACAACAGUAGGGUAUGUACUGCUUAUCGGUUUUAUAUUGAAUUCGGAAGUAAUACCGUCCAGAUUAAGUACUCCAUCACUGCAAAAAUGAUAAGGAACUCGUACGCACCUCGUACUUUCGCCUUUAUCCCGUUACUCUUCGCCUUUAUCCCGUUACUCUUACAUCUUACAUCAGCCUAUACAAGUUUUUUUUCUUGUUUUGCUUGAUUAAAUGAAUUAUUUACCUGACUCACUGAAUGGCUGGCUGAUUUACUAGCUAGCUGAAGAACUGUUUGACCAUCUGUUGGACUGACUGACUGACUUGUUGAAUGAUUGACUGACCUUCUUAUCAUAGGACUAUCAGAAAUAUUUCAGUGACUUCACAAGAAAGGAACAAACGAUCGAUUUGUUUCACAUAUGAAUUCACCUUUACUUCUGUGUUAACACAGGUAUGGUGACCGCUCUCCAAAGUCGGCCUUGGGCCGAGUGUUCUGCAUCAUCUGGAUUAUAACUGGAGUCAUCAUUGUCUCCAUAUUUACAGCUCUUGUUACAGCAUCGUUAUCUGCCAGCACUGUGCAGAUUUUUAAAAUUCAUGGCUCAAAGGUAUACCACGUUUAUUAAAACCACUCUUAAAGCGGGAAGGGGUGGGGGGGGGAGAUUGGAGAUUAAGAUAAGCCUAGUUAUUUCCAAGUUUGUUAUUUUAUAUUCUGUUGACUUAGAUAUAAAAGUAUGCGACACAUAAUAAAAUUUUAUUCUUUUACUUUAUCACAGAUCGGAGCUGUUAACGGAAGUGAGGAGUUUAAGCUGGGAGUCACCAUGAACGCUGACAUGAAAGGUACAUGUUCGUCAUGAUAUAAUCAUUGACCAUCUCUAGGUGGAAAAUGUCUUGAUCACGUGUUUCGGGCUGAUUUUCUUUUUGCACAAUGCAUGUAGGUCUGGUCAUUCUUACACUAAAAGAUCUUAGCUGUUAAGUUUUUUUUAUUUAAAGAGGGAAAUCGAGAGAUUUCCAGCCGCAGAUAGUUGAAGGGGCGAGUUGACUAGUCAACAAUCAAAGCCGACAAAAUUCUACUCGAUUUUUUUUUUCUCACGAUUGGAAUACUAAUUAAAUUGGUUUUCUAGCUAUUUUUUUAUCAAGUACUUCCGGCAAGACAGAACAAUGAACGAUUUUAAAGUAGGUAGGAUUUUUUAAACCUACAUUCUUACAUUAUUUUUUUUCUUUGUACUUAAGUCUUUCCACACGUCAUGCAAAUGACGAAAGCACUGUUAGUGCAUGAAAUUGACGGCGCAUUGGUGGACAACUACGUCAUCACUCACUCCCUGAACUUAAUUCAGGACGAACCAAUCAGAAUCGAGAGAUAUAUUGAUCACGCGAUAACUUACGGAGUAGUAUUGGCCAGGAAUUCAUCCAAACUCGAAACCUGCUUUCGACGGUUCUUGCAUAACCAUCCACAAGAGGUGUUUGAGAUAAUAGCUGAAAAUCUUGUCCCUCUCAAGGUAAGAAAUCUUUUCGGAUGCGUUCCAUUUACACGACGUUCAAAGUUAUUCAAUUUAGUAUUGAAUAUGAAACUUACAUACAGGUGUUAAAAAAGUAGAAAUAGCCUGAGAUAGCCGGGUUUCAUAUUUGUAAUUCCUUGAUUAUAGGGACUGCGGUCUCACCAGAGAAUUUUCUCAUCAUCUCAUUCAGGAGCCCAUGCUCCUGUCUCAUUGUAAUCGUUAGAAACGGUAGCCGCCUCGGCCAUCUUGAAAGUAAUAACCUUGCGCUUCGCGCUUGGUUACUAUGCCAAAAGUAAUUGUUACUGUUACACGUGAUUUCUACUUUCAUAUUUUGUAACUAACCGGCUUUUACCGACCUAAUUGAGAUGAUGAUGAUGACAGGAGUUUUCCCGUCAUGCAGCUCAUCGUUUGAAGCUUUCACCAACUUGCGGUUAUCCCCCUCUCCAAACCCCCUCCCCUACCACGCACUUAGACCAUCACCUCAACUACCUUGAAAAUUAUAACCUAGCGCUACGCGCUGGGUCAUUACUUUUUAAGAAGGCCACCGAACCGCCCAGGCAUUACCUUAUCCUCGACAAUUUCUUUUGUUUCAAGAAAUCUACAAUUAUUUUGGCCAAGUGAGUGACUACGCUCUAUUUCAUCGAAAAAUAUGAAUAGAGAUCAACAGAGUCUACACCUCCAAUGCAGAAGCUGAUGAAAUCCCUUAAUAGCUGCGUUUCUUGGCUUAGCAAUAAGUAAUGAGUGAAACCAAGGCCAAGUAUAGUUUUAGUCGUAUCUGCUUCUAAGAACUCAUUGGAUCAUUUUUUUGUUGUUAUGUAUUUGACCAUAGAGGCCGCAUGUUAAGCUGUCCUUAAAAAAACCACCAUGAAUGAAACAUUCUUCUUUUUUUUUUAAAUUUGUAGCAACAAUUCCCUACCUUCCCUAUCUUAACUUAACCGGAUAAUAUCUCAGUAAAGGGCAUACAAGAACGAAAUUACCUUAAUUUGGAUGUUGUAGAGUUUUGUUUGUACCAAAUUAAGAUUAUAUAACGUUUUUUAAUGGAUAUAUUUAUUUAAUAUCAUUAUUAUUGUUUUUAGAAUCCUACUGACGAUGAAAAUCAGCAACUCAAGGCUGCGGAAGGAUUGUUUUAUCAAGAACAAGUGUUUGAACUUGUCAUGUAUAUUGGCCUUGGGGUAGCUGGAGUCUUAUUUUUAGCUGGUCUCACCUGGGAAUUUUUGUGUCGACGACCGAAAGUCAGUAAGUACUAAAGGAGAAUCUAUGUUAAAGUAAAAAAAAAACUUUUCCGAUUGUUGUUGCGCAAAAAAAAAGAAAAAAAUUGGCAAGACGCUUACCUUGACGAAAUCAUAUCUUGCCUUUAUUUUCUUUGAGAACGCAAGGUUUUUUAUUAUCGGUAAACUCUAGAACAGACCUUACUCACGAUAUCCGCCACUUUUGUACGGACUUAAGGACUCAUGGGAUAGAAGCGUG